GUUGUUGUUGUUGUUGUUGUUAUUAUUAUCGUCAUUGUUGUCGUCGUCGUCGUCGUCGUUGUUGCCGAUUCGAAAGGAAAGAAGAAAAAGAAGAAGAAGAAGAAAAGAUUGGUGCGGCUGCGGCGACAACAGUGGUGGUGGUGGUGGUGGUGGUGGUUGCAUGAUAUGUUGUCGUCGCCGGUGGUGGGCCUCGUGUCGGUGGUUGUUAGAUGCCGGUGACGAAAGCCUUGACGAGGAUUAUAACGAGAUUAAGAAGAAAUCGACGACGAAGAAGAGAAGAACGACGGAAGGAAAGAAACGAGGAAUUAUCGGAACGUAAUAGAUUUUGUAUUAGAAUUGUCCUACAGCGAAACGAAAAGGAAGAAGGACGACGACGAUGUUCAACGUGACUAUUCCUAAAACGUUCCUUAUUCUUUCACGAGCGAGAAGGAUUAUCAUCGGGAGAGAUAGUGAAAGAGAGUGAGAGAGUGAGAAAAGGCUGAAUGAAGCGACAGCAGGAGCAAGAACGGCGGAGGUCGAGCCACUGUCGGUGGUGGUGGUGCCAAUAACCUCUCUCACUAUUCGAACGCGUUUCGACUUAUUCUCUCUGGCUUGAACGAAGUACUCCUCCUCCCUUAUUCGGUGCACACAAUGCGUUUGCUCCCGUAUUACUAUCAUAUAGAUCGUAAAAUUAGACGUUCGAAGGCACGUUCGAUGAUAAAAGUGGAAAAUCGUUCAAGCCCGUUGUCUAUAUCUCUGAGAUAAAAGCGUACGAGCCAACAUUGACGAACUUGUUUCUCAACGUCAAUUCUGUCAACUUCUUUUUCGUCGCUGCUACCAUCUGAAAAAAAAAAAAAAAAGAAAAAAACAGCGUGCUAACGAAGAAUCGCUAAAGAAGGAAGAUGAUGCUGUCUGUCGCUUUUUGAGCGACGUCGGACACUGACUUUUCAUAGUUCCUUUUUCUUUUCUUCUUCUCCUUUUUUUAUAUAUAUAGAUAUAUAUAUAUAUAUAUAUAUAUAUAUAUAUAUAUAUAUAUUCUCCUUUUUUACCUAUCACUACUACUUCUUUCCCUUUUUCCUCUUCUUUAUUUCCUUUUUCCCCCCUCUCUUUCUGUAUUUUUUUUUUUUUAACUUCAUGCGAUUCCUGCCGUGUUCGGUUUUCGAAUUUGAAAGGAACGCGCGCCGCACACGUGCGAGAUUCACUUUCUAGUCCGCUGCAUUUAAAAUACAUAUUAAAAAAAAGAAAAAAAAAAGAAGAAAAAAAAGAAAAGCACGAUCGAGGUUAUAGGCCACGAUAGACAUAAAUGUUUUAAUGUCCUUAUUUCUUCUGGGAAAAAAUUCUACGAGCCCUCGAUUAUAAUCUAUCGAUCGUACGAGAGAGAGACUGAGAAUAAAGGAGAAUAUUAGUUCGUUAAUUUAUUCAAAGGGAAUAACGGAAAGGCGGAGAGCAAAAAAGAAGAGAAGAUAGAUAAAUAAAUAAAUAAAUAAAUAAAUAAACUAACUAACUAAAUAAAUAAAUAAAUAAAUAAAUAAAUAUAUAAAUAAUUAAUUAAUUAAAUGAAUGAAUGAAUGAAUGGAUAGAUAGACAGAUAAGAUAGAGAAAGAGAGAAAGAAAAAGAAUGAGUUGGUAACAAAGAAGAAGAAGAAGAAGAAGAAGAAGAAGGUAGGGGAGUAAAGUGUGGAAGAUAACGAGAUAAGAUCGUUCCCUCGGCAUGAAGAUAUCCGACAAGACCGCGAUAAGGCCGAUUCCACGGGGUGGUGGAAAAUACGAAUCUAACGUCUUGUCUUGAGAUCGUUUCCUCGUCGGUUCAACGUGCUUUGGGAGAGGUAAACGAAGCAGAGAUAAAAGACAAAAGAAAAGAAAAAGAAAAGAAAAAGAAAAGAAAAGGAAAAGGAAAAAGGGAGGAGAAGGAAAAUAGAGGGAGAAGAAGUGGAAGAGAAAGAGGAAGGAACAAAUGACUAGCUUAACCAUUGCGGCGAGCAUGAUGCCUCUGUCAAGGGCAAAUCCGUAUGGAAUGGCGGCGGACACGAUAUCGACGCAGACGUGUAACAUAGCGACGAACGAGAGCAAUCACCUGCCACCGUUAAAGUCAACGUCGGCGGCAGUAGUGAUGAUGGCAGCGGCUUUCGACAACUUGAAGCAGAGCGAAUCGUCGCCGCCGCGACACGUCGCGCACGCGACCAUCGGUCACGUGGUUGGCGGUGGUGCCAGCGGAGGAGGAGGAGCCGGAGGAGGAGGAGGUGGUGGUGGUGUCGGUGCCGGUGGCGGAGGAGCGUCCACGCACCUGCCCAGCCUUGCGUCAAGCGCUAACAACAGCCUGCAGAAUCUCUCCGGGAACUCGGACAGCCUAAAUCUCAGUUUAAGCUCGCACGCGAGUCACAAUUCGCAUUCCCAGCCAAACUCGCAGUCGAGUAGCCCGAUGGUGAAGAACGGUAGAUCGGAUGGCAGUUCGAGUGGUGGUGGCGGCGGCGGCGUCGGUGGUGGCGGCGGCGGCGGCGGUGGCGGUGGCGGUGGCGGUGGCGGAGGCGGUGGUAGUGGUGGUACGGGUGGAGCCGUCGUUUCUACCACCGACGGAAGGCCCGGCACCGCGUCUGGGGCCAGCGCAAGCCCCAGUACCGUUCUUUUUCCUGAAAAACGUAUGUCGAUGAGGCUCCUACCGGAUACCGUAAUGAGGUUCUAUAUGAACAAACUCACGCCGUACGAACACCACGAGAUAUUCAAUUACGAAUACAUUUAUUUUAUCGGGGCGAAUGCCAAGAAACGACCCGGCAUCAUUGGACGGCGUAACAAUCACGAGUACGACAACGAUCAAGGCUCUUAUAUACACGUACCGCACGAUCACGUGGCGUACAGGUACGAGGUCCUCAAGGUAAUCGGCAAAGGUUCCUUCGGUCAGGUCGUUAAGGUAUAUGAUCACAAGAAUCAUGAGCACGUUGCCCUCAAAAUGAUUAGGAACGAGAAGAGGUUCCAUCGGCAGGCGCAAGAGGAAAUCGAGAUACUGAAGAAGCUUAGGGAACAGGACAAACACGAUAGGAUGAACAUCAUUCAUAUGUUCGAAGCGUUCACCUUUCGUUGUCACACAUGUAUAACCUUCGAGCUACUCAGUAUUAAUCUUUACGAGCUCAUCAAGAAGAACAGGUUUCGGGGCUUUAGUCUUCAGCUCGUCAGAAAGUUUUCGUAUUCCCUUCUUCUAUGCCUCGACGCACUGAACAAGAACAAAAUCAUACAUUGCGAUAUGAAGCCGGAGAACGUUCUUCUAAAGCAGCAAGGACGGAGUGGUAUCAAGGUGAUAGACUUUGGCUCGAGUUGCUACGAGAACCGGCGCGUCUACACGUAUAUACAAAGCCGCUUCUACCGGGCCCCGGAGGUGAUCCUUGGUGCUGGAUACGGCAUGCCGAUCGACAUGUGGAGUCUAGGCUGCAUUCUCGCAGAACUAUUCACUGGGAUCCCGCUGUUGCCGGGUGAAGAUGAGGCGGAUCAACUGGCGUGCAUAAUCGAACUCCUAGGUAUGCCGCCAGCCUACUUGCUAGAAAAUGCAAAGCGCCGUCGAAAUUUCAUCAGUUCGAAAGGUUAUCCGAGGUACUGUACGGUGACGACGCUAUCAGACGGUACGGCACGUUUUGGUGGUGGCCUAUCGAGGAGAGGAAAACUCCGUGGCCCACCGGGUUCGAGAGAAUGGAAACGGGCAUUGAAAGGCUGUGACGAUCUCAUGUUCAUCGAUUUCAUAAGGGGUUGCCUCGAGUGGGAUCCAAAACUAAGGAUGACACCCAGGAUGGCACUCAGGCAUGCUUGGUUACGGCGUAGAUUACCGAAGCCACCCUCGGAAAAGAUCAACGACGAUUACUUUCCUCCGCCGCGAACGUCCGUUACUGGUCUAAGAACGCCAGCUUCUUCAGGUAGCAAAACCAUCACUACGGCUACCACUACCACCAUCAACACUACAGCCAUAAAUACGGCCACUACCACGACUACUACUGCCGUCGCUGCUGUAGCGGCCACUACUAGGAGCAAUACCCUUCAGUCGACGAAUGUCAACGCUGUGGCGACUAGAAACAAAGUGCGACAAAAAUCACAGCCACAACAACAGCAGCAGCAGCAACAGCAGCAGCAGCAACAACAACAACAACAGUUGAAUGAUUUCUAUUGUCGCAGAUCGACUAUACACUCAAGGCAUCCCCAGUCGGGUAUUUUUGGCAAUACGACGUCAGUUCAAACUACGGUUCAUGCAGUUUCCUCGAAUCAUCAGCCGAGUCUUAGCAGUCAUCAGUCCUUGAAUUCGGUCGGCACUGCUGGAUCUCAACAACAACAACAACAUGGCGCCAGUCAUCAAUUGCAACAACAGCAACAGCAACAUCAAAGCAACGGAUCGUCGCAUGGAUCAUCUUCUCAUGGAUCUUCCUCCCAUGGAUCCUCUUCUCAUGACAGUCAUAGUUCGCACGGUCCUUCGAGUGCUUUGAGUCGCGUGAUAUUAAGCAAAGAGUUUAUCGAAGAACUCAGACGUUACGCCGAAAUAUGAGGACGUCGGCUCACACGUGUGCCACUGCCGUCAUGUUCGUUAAUAACUUCGAGUAGCGUUGACCUUGGAAACCGUGCGCAGACGGUAACAUUGACGUCAAGGUGAACGAGGAAGGGUCGUGAAAUUGAAAGGUUAACGAUCCUUCGAAGCUUUGCCAGAAUACAAACACUCUGUGCGAUGAAUGACCUCGCCCUAUACGUUCUAGGCGAGCGUUUAGUGAUAUAAGUGAUUUCGCAUAUUACGAGAGAGAUUGACCUACAUUCGAACCUUUUUAGACCUAUUUCGUUUCUUUUUGUUAUUAUUAUUUUUUUUUAUUUUUUUAUUUUUUUAUUUUUUUUUUAUUUUUUUUUUAUUUUUUUUAUUUUUUUUAUUUUUUUUGUUAAUCCGAUCUGUAAGAAAUUGGUCUUUAACCGGGUGUGUAAUAUCGCUGCAUUUUAUCGAUGUCGUAAUUCGAUUUUUAAUUGUGACGCUGAAUUCGUGGUAACGUUAAGGCACAAAAUUUAAUUUAGAUGUAUAAAUAAUACGUGAUAUUCGUCGGAGUGACUAGUCUAUCCCUAGCUCUUAUCCACGAAAGCACGACUCUCUUUCUCAUUUUAGUAUCGUAUAGUAUGCUAGUGCUCAGUUUUCUUUUGUUUAGCCGCUGAACGUUUGCUCCUGUUGUCAUUGCUGGAUCUUUUGUAACAAUCGUAUUAUUCACCAACUACGAAGGCCGUCGUAAGCGCAUAAAUACAUAUACAUAGGCAUUGCUUGCCAUCGGUGAAUUGGUAUCGUGCGAAACCUCAUUUGUAUCGACAUUUAUUACAUUGUCUUGACUUUUAGGUUAUUGUGCCAGGGAAGUCGGGGAAUGCGAAGGGUUCAUAAGCGUGUAUAACAUCGUCAAUGAAUCGAUCCGGAAUACUCGAUUGAAAGGGUUUCUAACUCUGUGACUGUAUAGUAAGUAAAACAAAUUGUACAAUGAAUUUCUUCUAGGCGUAUAUCAUUAAAUCUGACUGGGGUUAAAUUCGUGUCACGAGAAAUACAUAUUUAAAUUAAAUUCAAUAAUAUUCUUUAUCAUUUCACUGUCUUUUUUAAGGAAUCUCGCGUGACGUUUAUCGUAAAGGUAACAUUAAAUUGUCCCAUGAAACCUCAACUAUUCUUCCUAUCGAUCUUGAGACACUUGACCUUUUUAAUUUGCAUAUCGGAGAAUAUCAUUGAACGCGAGGGAAAAAGUUAGAAAGAUUUCCUUUUUGAAUCUUUUUUCAAUGAUUAAUAUAUAAUUGUAUAUAUUGCAUUGUAGAUAUAAGUAAAGUUGUACGUAUUUAUAUAUAUAUAUAUAUAUAUAUAUAUAUAUAUAUAUAUAUAUAUAAUAUUGGCGAAUGAAAAUUAUGAAAGUCUUUAACGAUGAAUAAUUUAUUUUGUAGAAAAUGUAAGAGGAAGUCGUAUAUAUGUCGUAUUACAUAAUCCGACUAUAAUAAUUUUCAACGAGAAAAUCUCUUUUACGAAAAUUUUAUUGAAUUUUCGAAUUAUCGAAAGUAUUUCUUUAAUUUUUACAUGGCACAUCGAGAUAAGUAAUAAUCACGUUUCGGUGUACUUUUUAAAACGAUUAUUCACGCGUAACAAAUGAGGAUAUUUUAUAAUCGUAUAAUCGAACGUAGAGAUCAAUUUGUAUCCAAUACUUAUUAUACGUAUACGUAAUAUACGUUGCACAAGAGUAAAAGCGAUGAACGAAUAUUCAUCGCGGAAUGUUUGUAAAUUAUAAAUGCUCGAGUGCACAUAUAAAUACAUAUGUUAAGUAGAAUUCAUUCUGACUUUUGUAUUACCGGUUAUAUACGCUUCCGCCUGACGAAAAAACAUAGGUGAGGGUUAUUUUUAAUUAAAUGCGAAUAUUAUUCCCAAAGACUUCGAAAAUGUGAUACGAACGAUAAUCGACGUAUGGGCGUUAAUGGAAAAAAAAUGGAAAGAAAAAAAAACACAAAACAAAAAAAAGUAAAAAAAAAAAAAAGUAAAAAAAGAAAGAAAAAAAAAUCGUAAAAACAUGUACCGCACAUUUUUUUCUCGAUGAUUCUCGUUCAUGAAUCAAAAAAAAAAAAAAAAAAAAAAAGAAGAAAAGAAAAGAAAAAAUAUAAGAGAAUUGGUUUCGACGAUAUCAUUCAGCCAAAUGCCAUUCAUCAUGCUAAUCGGAAAGGUUUGCUAUCCUGAAGUAAUAUCAUUUCUUUUUAAUUAAUUUUUUACUACAAUCUGCUACGACGUUAUAUUUAAUCGGAAAUUCGUCGAAAUUAUUUGCUUAUUUUAAUGUUUCUUAUUAGUAAAAUGAGAUCAAGCGUAUUCUUAUAAUUAAAUAUUUAUAUAAUAAUGACAUCGUCGAUAUUGAAUGCUUUCAAAGAGCUAUUUUGUAUGAUUAGGAAUGACAGCAGCGAGCAGCGAGGCAAUCAAAGAAACGGAGUGAUAUUCGGUUGUCGACAGUUGAUACCGAACAGGAUAACGUUAUGUGAUAUGGAAUUUAAACCGUACUGUCAUUUAUAUUGGCAAAGAAGAUAUAUAUAUAUAUAUAUAUAUAUAUAAUCAGAUAAAAAAGAAAUAAAAAUAUAAGUUAUAUCGCGCUAUAACGCUAAUUAUAAAAAGCCGCGCUAAUAUUUAAUAAGAUAUGUAUUAUUAUGCGCAUAUAUAGCGAGAAAGAGUAGAAAGUUGCCAUCGUGGUUACGAGAAGAACAUAUAAAGUGUGGUGUUCGUAAAACGUUGCAUUAACUCGUUGAUCAUAUCGAGCAUUCUUCCUUACGAAGUGUAUUAUCGUAUCCGUGCUUUUUCAUCUUUCGUGAUUCAUCGUGCGCAAAAGAAAAGAAACGAAAAGAAAGAAAGAAAGAAAGAAAAAAAGAAAAGAAGAAAGGGAGGGGAGGAGAAGAAAAUUAAUUGGUUGAUAAAUGCUAAUAGUCGAUUUUAUGUUCCCAAGAGAAACGUAAGAUGGAGG